CCGAAGGCACCUCUCUUUCUUCUCAGUCGCCUACUACCACUACCACUACCACUGCCAUCAGCGGUCCCUCUGGGGAAGAGAUUGCAUCUGUUGAAAAGGCUACCGAUGGCCCAUCAUCGACCAGCAACAAUAUGGUUCCUCCUUUACAGUCAUCGUCUGCGGCAAUGUCAGUGAUCAAGAACAGCUCCGUGGCUGCAAAGCGUGCCGCGGUGGAUAGCAUUGACGAUACUACGACGUUGCCAGCAUCUAGUGGAGGAGACAAACCUGUGGAGAACGCUGGGUCAGCGAAUGAUAUGCAAAAAUCCGACACAGUCUCACGGGAUAACGAACCGGAGGAAAACUUGGCUACGCCUACGCCGGUAUCCGGGAUAACUACGACGACAUCUGUAACUGCUACGCCCGCGGGUACUGCAACAGCUUCAGGAGACGUUACAGCGGACGGUGCUGCUAGUGAUUCGGCUAGCUCUAGCAGCAGCAGUAGUAGCGCCAGUAGCAACAGCAGCAGUGCUAGUGUGCACAGUAGUGGCGCGAGUAGCGCUGCAAGUAGUAGUAAUCAUUCGACCACCAGCACCACUACUACCGGAAGCAGUGGCGAUGGGGGCGGAAGCAGCAGUACAAGCAGCAGUGGUACAGGCAGCGCGAGUGCCACUAGCAGUACUGCUGACAGCGAAAGCAGCACUACGGCCAGUGGAAGCUGUAACAACGUGGCUGCAGCUGCUGAAGGCAGCAAUGAUACAGCCGAAGGAGAAAAUGCAGUUGUUAGCAACGUUGUCAGUGGAGGUGCAGUAGGUCUACCUUCCGACCAGGAUAAUCAGUUUAAUCUGUUUGCCUUGGUUGAUCGCAAGAUGAUGCGCAAGAUCGCGCAACGUUUACUGGGAGAUUUGCCCAAAUCACCAUCGGAAGCCGGUACUGCGAGCAGCUGCUCGGCGCUCGAUGUACCCGAGUCUUCUUCAUUGGUUGCUGCUGAUUUAGAGGAAUAUCCGGAAUUGUCGCGCAUUUUGUGCAGUUUUGGCCGAACUGAUUCGGAGUUUGUGCAAGUUCAUCAGCAUAUGUCCAACAUCAUUCAGCACAAGGCUGGUAGUAAUCCCAUAAAAAUAGGCGAUGCCCCAGAUGGUGGUCAGUACGUCGAGGAGGCCGACGAGCAUUUACCAAUGUUCAACAUUGAGGAAUCCGAAGCCGAUGGUAUGGUGGCCGAAUGCGUCGCUAGCAUGUAUCCGAUUUUGGACGAAUCACUGGAACCGUACCAUGCAGACGAUGGAUCUGGGACAGCGCAGACGCAGGGCUCCCGGGACUCAUACAACUAUGAAUGGGUUGAGUGUAUCGAUGAGGUGAUUCAUGCUCUCAAUGGGUGCACUGAUAUUCCCGUGGCCUUGCAGGAGAUGGCUGCUAAUCUUACUUGCCAGGACAUCGACGCUUAUGCUAAUUUGAUUGGCAUGAAUUCGUUCUGUAAGACACGCUGGGCCGCCAACCAGAAUCAGUUAACCUCUGGUACUUCGUCACCUGUAGAGGAGGAUGGUAGCAACCUUACCCUCGCCGAGGAGCAGUGCGCGUUCCGACAGGGUCAGGCCGCCGCGAAUCAGUUGAUUGGUUUCGAUACGCAACAACAGUUCUCGAUGGAUCAACUGCAACUGCUCAACCAACUCCAGGCUUCCGCUUCUGGAACGACGGUAUUGCAUAAUCAGCAAUCCUCGGGUAAUGCAGCUGAUGGCCAACAACCUAAGCUCGUGUUUAACGUGGAUGCAGACAAAGCCUCGCAGGUGCAUUUGCUCUUUCAACUGCCCAACGUGCAAUCGUCACCUCAGUCGGAUCAACAGCAACAAUCACAGCAAGAUCCUAACAUGAACCUCACCUCUAGCUCACAUUCAUCGCAACAGCAGCAACAGCAGCUCCAACAGCAACAGCAGCAGCAGCAAGUCAGCGGUCAACAAUGUAAUAUGACGUUACAAUCACAUGCCGCUGCAGCUGCAGCGGCCGCCUUGCAGCACGCUCAUCUGCAACAGCAAUUGCACGUGCAAAAUAUGACUGGUUCCACUGCAAUGCUCCAGCCGCAGCAGCAGCAACAGCAGCAACAGCAUCUGCAAUCCCAGGCCCAGGGACAUCAGCAGCAACAGCAACACUGCAUGCAGCAUAAUCAGAUGCAAGUUGCAACGCAGACAAAUAUUAUUCAGCAGCAGCAGUCAGCGGUUGAUAUGGUACAGCAGCCGUCAACACAUCAGGUUGGCAAUUUGCUGGUGUCUAAUACACAAGUUGCUCAGCAGCAACAGCAACUGAUGGAAAAUGCAGCAAGCGUGCCAGCUGCUGGUGGCGGCAAAAUGGGCGGCGGUGGAAAGAAGGGUGAAAAGAACCGAAAGGAGAAGAAUCGACUCGCUCUACCCGGUGCUGUCCGUCAGGCUCCUGCUGGUCAGCAAGCGGUAGCAGUUGGGGCGCUUAAUAAUGCCGCAUCGAACGGUGGUAACACUGCCGCUACUUAUCCAUACGAUGGAGUUGCCGGUGGCCCGGC